AUGUCCGACACUGAGAAAGGUGACGCCAAGGUUGGCCACCUGAGCAAUGCUCCCAGCCAGAGUGACCAGUUUGAGGAUGAGUAUACCGAGGUUGAGCGCAAGAGCCUGAUUCGGCGCAUCGAUCGUCGUCUUGUCACCACUGCCGGUGCCCUCUACUGCAUCUCCCUCAUCGACAGGACCAACGUCUCGGCCGCCGCUCUCGCGGGCAUGAACGUUGAGCUCGACCUCAACGUCGAGAACCGCUACUCCAUCAUCACCUUGAUCUUCUUCGUCUCCUACAUCAUCUUCCAGCCACCAUCGACAAUCAUCAUCCGCAAGCUCGGUCCUCGCUUGCAUCUGUCCAUCAUUAUCCUCCUCUGGGGUGCCGUCAUGAUCGGCAUGGGCUUUGCUCCCAACUUCAGCGCCAUGGCGGCUCUGCGCUUCGUCCUGGGUAUACUCGAGGCUGGAUUUUUCCCCAGUGUCGUAUACCUGAUGUCCACAUGGUACACCCGGUACGAAAUCGGCAAGCGCUACUCGUUCUUUUAUGUCAUCGGUUGCGUUGCAUCUGCUUUUGGUGGCAUUCUGGCGUUUGGCCUGAUGCAGCUGAACGGACGCGCCAGAUUGACUGGCUGGCGGUGGAUCUUCAUUAUUGAGGGUAUCCUCACUUGUGCUCUGGGUGUUGCCGCCUACUGGCUGCUCGUUGACUUCCCCGACUCGCCCCGCAAGACAUAUGGCUUCCUGACGGAAAAGGAGCGCGCCUACGUUGUCCGCCGUGUCAACGCUGAUCGUGGUGAUGCUCAAACGCCCAAGUUCCAGCUUGGCCUCUUCCUCAGAGCUGGCAAGGACCUCAAGAUCUGGGGCUUUGCUAUGUGCUUCUGUGCUACCACCACCAUCUCCUAUGCGCUGGCCUACUUCCUUCCUCUUAUCCUGAACACGAGCUUGGGAUUCGAUGUUGGGCAGUCCCAGUGCCUCGUCGCUCCCCCCUACGUCUUUGCCGGUUUUGUCAUGAUGCUCACUGGCUGGGCCGGUGACAAGUACAAGGUCCGCGGCCCCCUCAUCAUCUGCAACAUGGUGCUCGGCCUCAUUGGGCUCCCCAUCAUGGGCUGGCACCCAGACCCCAAGGUGCGGUACUUUGGCGUCUUCCUCGUCACUGCCGCUGCCAACUCGAACGUCCCCGCCGUCAUGUCGUGGCAGGCCAACAACAUCCGCGGCCAGUGGAAGCGCGCGUUCUGCAGUGCCACGCUCGUCGGCUUUGGAGGCAUUGGCGGCAUCGCAGGCAGUCUCGUCUUCCGCGCCCAGGACGCCAAGACGGGCUACAAGCCGGGCCUCUACGCUUGCAUCACGGCCUGCCUGAUCAACAUUGUCAUUGUCUGCAUCACGGACGGCUACUUCAUCGUGCAGAACAAGAAGGCCGACCGUGGCGAGAAGGAGCUCGAGAUGGAGGACGGUCUGCCUCCAAACUUCCGGUAUACUUUGUAA